AUGGUGUUUGCUACACUUGUUCGGUGCAGAUUCUUCUAAACUUUAAAUGGAUUUGAUGUUCUCUCUCAUUGUACUGUUUGUGUACAUCGGGCUAUGCUGCGUUUAUUCCGAGAGACACCAUCUCCUGUUUGUUUACACCGUCCUCAGCAAACCUGAUGGAGUCUCUGGUCCUGUGUUCAGUGCAGUGUGUGUGUAUGACGACAGAUCGAUCUCUCACUACAGUAAUGAAGAACACAGCUGGAAAAGAGAUCGUUUGGAUGCAGAAAUCUGGAGAUAUACCAGAGAACCUCAUGAAUCUAGAGACUGGUUAAUAAAUCUGGUUAACUCUCUGGCAAACUGCACAAGCUCCAGAUGUGAAGGCCUCCAUACACUACAGAGGAGAGUCGGCUGUGAGGUGGAGAAACAUCCAGAUGGAGCAGUGAUGAAUGUGAACGCUCUUGAUGAGUACGGAUAUGAUGGAGAGGAUUUUAUUUUCUUUAAUUAUGACACAAUGCAGUGGAUUGAAAAAAGUCCAAAUGCAAAAGAAACCAAAAUGAAAUGGGACGCUGACAGAUUUCACAAUCAUCUUCUUCAGUUAUACCUCAAAGACUGCAUGGACUGGAUCUCCACAUGUAAUGCUUCAGUAAACACUCCUCCAGUUCUUCACAUGUUUGCAUCUGCAGCUCCUCAUGACCAAAGCGAGCUGAAUCUGACCUGUCUGGCCACUGGCUUCUACCCCAAACACAUAGAGAUGAAGAUCACGCUAAACAACAUCACAGUCCAACCCUUCAGCUCUUCUGGAGUCAGACCCAACGAUAACCAAACCUUUCAGAUGAGAACCAGUGUGAAGAUACACAGAGAUGAGAAACAGGGCUAUGAGUGUCACGUCCUUCACAGCGGUCAGACAUUUACAACAUCAUGGGCUGGAAGUCUGGGAUCUAGAAGUCAUCACUGGGCAGCAGUAGCUGCAGGUGCUCUUGUGAUUGCAGUUCUAUACAUCAUGUUUUUACUCUACAAAAACAGAAGGUUCAAUGGCCAGAUGAACUGCAGUAGUUCCACCACAGAACGUGAGAACAUUACCUCAAGAUCAGCGGAUCCCCUGACUGCAAGUGAUUCACAUGAGAGCAUUUAACCAGAUACACACUGACAAGCAGGAUCCUGGAUGUGACAUCUACGAUCUUAUCAUUUCAUGAGUGAAUAUAUCACUCACUUACUCUGUAGAUACUGUACAAACACAGUCCAUUAAGCUCAUUAAUUUUUAAUUGCUUUUUGCAGUAGUGUAUUAGCUUUUUAAUUGGGAUUACUUGACAGACUAAAAUUUAAAACACUGUUUUAAUAUUUUUUUUUUUGCUUAAUUUUUUUAUUUGGUUUUGUCAGUGUCAUCACAUCACUAAAUUUUGCAGCUCCCAUUCCUGAAAACACAACAAAGCUCUAUUACCUCAAACUACUUACAGUUUUUCUCAGUCGCUGUGGCUCAGUCCUCAAAUGAGAGUUUUUUUCUCUUCAAAACAGUAACUUCAGAUGUCUAAACAAAUAGUUUCUUGUUCACAUCAGAUUUGAAUUUCUUAUUGAUUUAAGCAGAUUGCACAUAUUUUGGCAGGUGUGCAAAUGGGUAAGUGCUAUUGUCUAAAAUUCACAGAAUUACUAAAUGCACGGGGCUUGUUGAUGAAAACUGACGAGUAGAUUCCCAGUGAAAUUACCAAAGUUAGAAAUGACACUGAAUUAUAUCAAUCAUACUACCAGAAGGAGUCACCUCUCAUCUUGACAAACCACAUGAAUGUGAAUGUAACCGUAGUCGGUUUACCUCAAGGGUUGUCAGUGUGUGGGGUACGAAGGCAUAACAGUUCAUUAUCGUUCUACAUUAUGACAAAAACAACACAAAUGAAAAGAAGCAGGUUUU